AUGGAUAAUGAGUCUGCUAUGGUUGUUUGUAGAAGAUUAAUUGCACAGAAAUUGCAAACUGAAUUUAAUAAUAUCAGAUUUUUAUAUUAUAGAUAUGCUACUCACGUUCUUAACUUGGCUACAAAAAAAGGAUUAGAAAUAGUUGAUUUUUUAGUAAAUAAAGUUUGGAACUUAAUGGCUAAAAUUAAAUUGUCUAUUUGUCUUAGUAAUGAUUUAUGUAGUCUGUACGAACUUAAAGGAAUUCUAUAUCUUAAGCCUAAGUUAGAUAUUAAAACCAA